AUGAGUUACAGGGGAACACAAAGCGAAGCAUCUCAAUCGUUAAGUAACACAAAUAUUGACCAUGGAACAUUUCUAGAACUAAUUUUACUGAUAAGCAAGUUUGAUCCUAUCUUAAAAUCUCAUUUAGAUCAUGUUACAAAAAAUGCUCCAAAAAAUUCAUCUAAUGAUGAUGAAUGUAAAAAAGUUGGGCGUGGAAGUUUUAUUAUGAAACGCAUAAUAGCUGAAGAAGUAAAAGAAUCAGAGAUGUAUUCAAUUCAAAUUGAUACUACCCAAGAUAUAAAAGUAGAAGAUCAGUGUAGUAUUAUCAUCCAAAAUGUUAAUGAUUCAGUCAAUGAAAGAUUAAUUGGUGUAUCUAACGUUAUUUCAUCUACUGGUAAAUCAAUGUUUGAACUAGUCAGUAAUAUUUUAAUGGAAAAUGGAAUCGAUAUAAAAUACUGUAUUGGGUCAGCUACAGAUGGUGCAUCUAAUAUGCAAGGCCAAUACCAAGGAUUUAGUAAAUUUUUAUCUGAUGCAAGUCCCGGUCAAAUACAUGUAUGGUGUCAUGCACAUCUCCUAAAUUUGGUGAUGAUUGAUGCAACAAGCAAAACUAUGGAAUGUACUAUUUUUUUUGGGUUAUUAAACAGUUGUGCUGUUUUUAUAAAAGACUCAUACAAAAGAAUGAAUUUAUGGAAGGAAAUAGGAACUGAGACAAACAGAAGAUUAGUCAAUGCUAAUGAUACUAGGUGGUGGUCAAAGGAUGCAGCAGUAAGAUCAAUUUUCGGACGGUUUGGUUCACCAGGUGGAAAUCAAAACGAUGAAGGACUUUAUGGUAUUCUUGUUACCACUCUAAAACAUAUUUCAUCCUCUCAUUCAAUUAAAAAUGAUAUUAAGUGUAAUGCUCGAAGUUUAAUGAAACAUUUACUUUCUUAUAAAACAGUUAUAACAGCUCAGUUAUACUUAAGACUAUUUGAACACACCACACCCUUAUCUAAAUACUUACAAACAAAUGGUAUGGAUAUUUUAAAAUCCCAGCGUAUGGUGAACACAACUAUUAAAGACCUUGAAACUAUAUGUAGAGACUUUAAAGAGGUAAAAAAAGCAGCUGAUAACUUUUUGGUAUGGGCAAAUAAAAAAUCUGAUGAAUUGGAAACUAAUGAAGUCAUUGUUAAUGGUUUUUUAUCUGAGGACUCAGUAAGAAAAAGAAAAAGAAAACGUAUGUUUGAUGAAAUACUUGAAGAUCAGCCAUUUGAUGAUCCUGAAGAAAAGUUUAAAAUAAAUGUUCACAAUCAUGUUAUUGAUACAGUAAUUAUGACAUUAAAGGAACGAUUUAGCAAGUAUGAAUCAUUGUUUGCAGACUUCUCCAUAUUGGAUCCAAAAAACUUUAAAGAUACAGAUCAAACUAUUUCACACAAAGCAUUUGAAAGAUUAAGUCAUCUCAUAAUGCGUUUUGAUUCAAAUGCUACAGCUAACAGUUUAAGGUUAGAGUUUUUUGAUUUUAAAUCAAAAUGGCCAAAAUUAUGCCAAAAAGUUCCUUCAGAUUAUAAUAUAGAUUAUGAAAAUGACAGUGACCAGAGCGAUAAUGAUAUGAGUGAUUUGCAACUAAACAAACAGAGUUGUAAGAAAACGUAA